AUGUUUGCCUCCACCGCCCAACAAGCCCGCGAAAAUCGAGGUACUGCAGAUGAACCCGCGGCCCCCCUGGAAUCACAAUCCCCAGCCCGCCGUGGGAGAUCAUCCAGUGAAGGCUCAGAGACUCCAAACCAGAGGCGACAAACAGAACCAGACAAGCUUGACGGUGGGUUUGAAAACCCAUUUGCAGCCCCCACCAGAUCCGCCAUCAACAGACAGCAGGAACAUCAAGAGGAACGUGAGGCUACCCCGCAGUCCCCCCUAACUGAUUUUUUGACCGCUAUUGCCGUCCCGCUGCUGCCCCCGGGAGCCUUAGACUUAUUCCGCGAGUUGUCCAAUCCUGAUCAGCAGGCGGCCCUCAUGACAACCAUGGCAGCCAUUGCUGCCCGAGGGCAUGACGGGCCCAACCCAAAUGCAACGCCUAACCAACAAGUUGGUAACGGCCCCGUGGAUCUAGCGGAAGAAAUCCGCCAAUUCCAAUACUCUCUUGCUGCCAAGAAAUUAAUCCGUAGGACGGCCCGGGAGAAUUUUGUUCAUCCUCUCAUAGAGGCUUAUGCCCAAGACAACCGGGUAAAUUCAUUAUUCCAACUUGUCCUGCGCCAGUUACGGCGACAGACCCCCGCGGUAUUGGAAGUGCACUUCCCUCCUGGGUUCAUCGAUGAAGAUCACUAUGCCGUUCAGCACGCCAACACAGCCAUCAGGACACAGUUGAAGCAAGUUUGGAACAAAUUCUGCAAUCACUUGAUGACUGGAUUCAGCCCUACAGGUGACCCUACCUUGCCUAACAUCCCCAAUCUGCAGAAUCUUUCCCAGAUCAUGUGGAGACACUUGAAUCCUGCCUUAGCUGGCACACCUGAUGGGGAAAUAGAUCGCCUAGUCAGUGAUCCACGAAUCCGAGUCCGCUAUGCCUUCUUGCAAUUGGGCACCCUUCAAAACUAUUAUGAUCCUAAAUCUCGGAACAUCUCACAGUGGCUCCAGAUUGAUAGGAAACUCAUUUCUAACCGCACACUGGCUGUGGAUUACAUCAAUGCGUGGCAUCAACUCAUUGGCGCAAAAGAUGCGGAAUUGUUUGGCCAUGAGCCCAUGGCUAGCAAAAUGAUCAACCAAAUCAAGCGGAGUUCUUCAAUUUGCGAAAUCGCCCUCGCCCAGCUUUUUCUUACCUUUGUUAUAGCGCACUUGCCACCCGAAGCAACACGUGCUCUGCUUGAUUUUGAAAGACAAAUUGGACAACAUCAUCACGAAUUCGAUGACUGGAUACAAUCAGAACCAGGGCCUGAUCUACACCUUCUGAACAACAACGCCGGCCAUGUAACCUCAAUGCCAUCACUUGAGCAUCACUUCGAAGAAAACCCCUUCUCUGAGGCGCCAUUUGCCGCGCUAGAUGUUGGUUGGGAUGCAGCAUGGCAGUUUGUCCACUCUUCCGUUGGCAUCCCAAGAACUAACCCUAACCCGGUCUCGCAGUCAAAUGAAUUGGAGCACCAUCAACUUGCUUAUGGUUCUACAAUGCCAUCCUCCUCAAAUCAGGAUCGACUUGAAGAUUAUAUUCAAAUGGGUUUGGUCCAUUCUGAAAGCGUAGAUCAAAAAAAGUCCCGACUUGAAACUCUCGGCUUGCAUUCCCAAACACUGCAAAGCCUGCCGACGGUGACCAUAUCCUCGCCGUCCAAGCAUUGGCCUAUUCAACACUCCAGUCUGGACAGAUUCUUCGAAGGGCAUGGUUCAGUUUUUGGCCACAUAGAGCCUCGUGCAGGACCGAUCGAGAACUUUACAUCCCUUCAAAGGAACCUUCCCCCGGAUCAUCCAAAUUCGAAAGAACUCGAGCAGUUCUCCACCACCAAACCUGACAGCUCUGCUGUGAUCCCGCAAAUUCCAGUAACUUUGAAAAUUCCAAUUGACCGUCAAGUGUUAAAUCCUUUAGAUAUGUUUAACCUGGGAUUAAAACCAUACGGAUUGAUCAAUUCACUAGCUUUUCCCAGGUCCUAUCACCAGUUGAAAUCUGGAAAGUCAUUGCAACCAAACGUGCUGCACAGCAGCAAAUUUUGGAAUAUUCUCAGCGGCAACAGCGAAGUCUCCAAGUUGCCUGUUCUGAUUCGAGAGGUUAUUGAAUUUGGAAAGGCUAGUCAAGAUACAGUUCUCCAGCGAGCCAGGAUGCUGUUGAAUGAAAUCUUCUUCCGUGAAGAACAAUUUCUUAUAACUUUCUCUGCUUCGACAUUUCAAAAAGGAGACAAGAAAAAUCUCCCACAUGAAGACACCAAAAUACUAGAAUUGAGAUGGGGCGAGCAAGAAAGACUUCUUCAUUGGUUGGUAACACUUUUUUGCUAUGGAAAUGAAAAGAGAUCAGAAGCCUUAGAAUUCCUGUUCGAACCGUCAGAAAUUAAAGAGGGAAAUCGCUCACUAGACUCAUUUUAUUCACAGUUUCUCUAUUAUUGUACAGCUCAAGACUCAGAGCUGAAUUCUGAAUUAUUGAAAAUGAAAGCAACAGUGGCAACCAAUAACCAGAGGAUCAUUCAAGUAGGCACUGGCGAUGCAAUGAAAACACAAUUUGCAAUCAACACCAUAGGAAUUUACCUGAAAUACAAAAACUUGACUAAAUGGAGGAAGCUGUUUCCAUUGGAUGUUCACUUUUCCAACUUAUUUGCUUACCUCAAGCAAAAUGAGUAUAAUGGUCAUAUUGCACGAGUCUAUCAAAUCCAUUUGAAUCAAUGGGAGGUAAUGGAAGUCCUGCCAUGGGAAAACACAUCAAAAUUUUGGGAUCAGAGGUACAUCAACAUAGAAAAAUUCAACAAGAACAUGUGGAAUUAUAGGAAGAUCAUAGAGAAGAACCAUUGGCAGAUCAUCAAGAAAGCUAUCAUAGACACUGAGGAACCUUUGGCAGAUGACGAAUUAAAACGAAAUUCCCUCCCAACCAUCUUCAAAGGGCAGGACACAAUAUCCGGCCAUGCAGAAACCCGGCAAAAACCCAGCAAUGAGAUUUCAUCUCUUAAAAGGGGCCUCAUUGCCAGCGCGGAUCAUCCAAAUUCAAAAAAACCCAAGCAGUUAUCAGAAAAGAAACUUUUCAGUUCUACUGUGAUCCCCCAAACUCCGGAAAGGUUUGUGGAAAAAACACCGACGGAACAUUCUGGUGAACUGAAAAAUGCUUUGGAUAUGUUUGCCUUGGGAUUGAAAUCAUACGGAAUGAUCAAUUCAGUAACGUUUCCCGGGCCUCGCCCGUGGAAAAAUCGAACGUUAUUCCAGCCAAACGUGCUCCACAACAGCAAAUUUUGGGAAAUUGUGAAGGGCAACAGCGAAGGCUCCAAGAUGCCUGUUUUGAUUCAAGAGGUUAUUAAAUCUGGAAAGGCUAGUCAAGAUACAGUUCUCCAUCGUGCGAGGACUUUGCUAGAAGAAAUCUUCUUCCGUGAGGGUCAAUUUCUCAUAGCUUUUUCUCCUUCUGCAGUGGAUUACGAAGGAAGCAAGAAAAUUUCUCCAGAUGGCAACAACGAAAGACUACUAGAAUUGAGAUCAAGCGAGCAGACGAAGCUUCUUCAAUGGUUGGUAACACUGUUUUGCUUUGGAAAUGAAAAGAGAUUAGAAGCCUCGCAAGUCUUGUUCCAACCGACAGAAGUUGAGGAGGGAAAUAGUUCCCUAGACUCAUUCUAUCAACUGUUUUAUCAGCAUUGUGCCGCUCAAGACUCAGAGCUCAAUUCUGACUUGUUGAAAAUGAAACAAACUACGUCAACCGCCGGCCGCAGAAUCAAAGUAAGUUCUGGCGAUGCGAUGAAAACGCGAUUCGCAAUCAAUACCCUGGGAAUUUACUUAAAAUGCACAAAUCCAACUAAAUGGAGGAUUCUUUUUCCAUCGGAUGAUCACUUCCCCAAUCUGUUUGCUUUCCUCAGGAAAAAAGGGUACUACUUUCACACUCCGCGUGCCUGGGGAAGGCAUCUGGUCCCAUGGAAAACAAUGGAAGUCUUGCCAUGGGACAACCCACCAAGAAACGAAAAGAUCAAAGCUACGGAUUUCGGCGCUUUUAUGGAACGGACCACUUGCGAGUCUAUCGUGAAACUUGUUGAGCUCGGGGCAGAUCAUCAUGAGCAAGCAGAACAUGAAACAUUCACCACAAUCGAAAAUCUGAUGUUCCCCUCGACUCCGAGCUCGUCCGAUAAGCCUCCAGUCCAAGGAGGCGCAAAGCGUCACCGAACGCGGAAGGAUGCUCGAGGCUAG